UAUUCAUUCAUGUUUCAGUGCUCUAUAUAUGAUAUUGUGAUUUGCUUCUUGUUUUAUUUCUUGACCGAGAAGACAUUUUUCGGAUUCAAUCCAGAGUUCAUCAUGGGUACUCAAUCCAGUUCUUCAUAUAUGGGGGAGAUUGAAUCUGGAUCUUUCACUCAGAAAGAGGAAUCGGAGUUGAUGAUGAGUCAACCCAGAUUUGUCAUUCUGAGAUUAAUUUGCUUAUGCGCAGUGAUUGUUGGCGUUAUUAUAAUAGCUACCACGUCUGGAUCGACAAUCGCUAUCAUCAUCAGCUCAGUUGUGGGUUUUUUCAUGAUAAAGAUUGCCCUGGUGAUUCUUAAAACUCGCAAGGACGGAGAGCGCAGAGAUACAGAAGCGGCCAUAAGACCGAAUAGUGCGAAUGCAGAGUUUUUGGCUUGCACAGUGGAUAAGUUCCUGAAUGAUAUUGAAAAAGACGAGCCAGUCAGAUUCACCACACAUCAGCUCAUGCUUGCAACCAACAACUAUACUAACAAGCUGGGCUCAGGAGGAUUCGGUGCCGUCUAUAGAGGGGUCUUAGUAGAUGGAUCCAUUGUUGCGGUGAAGGUCUUGCAUGAGAUUUCUGAUCACCAGAGAAUAGAGGACCAGUUCAUGGCAGAAGUGGGCACAAUUGGAAGGGUUCAUCAUUUGAAUCUGGUUCGUCUUUUUGGAUUUUGCUUUGAAAACAAUAUGAGGGCUCUAGUUUAUGAAUACAUGAGUAAUGGUUCUCUUGACAAGUAUUUGUUUUGUGAAAACAAUAUCUUAGCGUUCCAAAAGCUUCAUGAGAUUGCAGUUAGGACUGCAAAAGGGAUUGCUUACUUGCAUGAAGAAUGCCAGCAAAGAAUCAUCCACUACGACAUAAAGCCGGAAAACAUUCUUUUGGAUCAAAACUUCUGUCCUAAGGUUGCUGACUUCAGUUUAGCCAAGAUUUUCAACAGGGAAAAGUCUCACGUCACGAUGACAGGAUUGAGAGGGACGCCUGGUUAUGCUGCACCAGACCUUUGGCUGCCAUUUCCGGUAACGCACAGGUGCGACGUUUAUAGUUUUGGAAUGUUGUUAUUUGAAAUCAUAGGUAGGAGAAGGAACCAUGACAUGAACCUUCCAGAAAGCCAAGAAUGGUUUCCGAGAGAGGUUUGGACAAAAUUUAAUAGCGGAGAGUUAGAAGAGUUGACGACAGAUUGUGGGAUGGCAGAUAAAGAGAUAGUUGAAAGAAUGUCAAAGGUGGCUCUUUGGUGUGUUCAGUAUAGACCAGAAUUGAGACCCAUGAUGAGUGUUGUGGCAAAAAUGUUGGAAACUUUGAUGGAUAUUCCAAACCCUUCUAACCCUUUUCGGCAUCUCAUGGAUGAAGAUCACUCUAUUCAUUCUUCCAAUUGAUGUAAUAUGAAUCAAUAUUAGCAUUAAUUCACAAUAUUCUCUUGAAGCAACCAAGUCUUGUAUUAUUCAUGAUAUGUCUAUAAUGAUAAAGUAUGAGAUUGAAAUAGAUCUCAAUUAACCAACAAACAUGUAACUUAAUUGGUAAGUGAUUGUACUAAUUUACUAAUAAUUUUAAGUCA